AUGCCAGCAUAUCCCCGAGCAUCUCCAUUUUCGCAACCUCACCAACUUUGUCCCGACCUUGACGGAUCCGGCUCCCCAGCGGCGACCCAGCAUCUUCCUGGUCAUCCAACUAUAUCCCUAUCUGAUUCUGACGCGCUUUCCAGAUUUCUCCGCCAGGAACUCUGGGCCGCGGAUCUCGAGGCCGUCGCAUCGAGGUUAUGGAUCUUAACCACGCCCUCCAGCGCCAGUAUCCAUGCUCUCCAUCAACAAAAGGUCCUCGGACGGGAGAUCAUUGUGACCGAAGAUCCGCGCCUGCACUUGGUGUGGAUUAACAAUCGUAUUUUCAUUAAGCCGCUACCCCCUUAUCUUUUGUCGUACUCGUUUUGGAUGAGUACGUUUCCACAGUCGCCAUUACUUACACAGCAAUGGCACGUUCGGCGUGCAGCGAUUGGUUUCCUGCGGACGUAUCGCUAUCUCAUCCAGCACGAGUCUGAUCUAUUGAUUGCGCAGCAAGAGCAUCUACGACUAGUCCCCGUUAAGCUCAACUGGACCGAUAUGUCUACUUUCUUAGCCGACCUUGAAACUGUUGAAGAUGGCGAUGCUUCUGCUCGGUAUCGAUAUGGAGAACUUCGUCUUUCUCGACUUAACCUCUACGCCCCCUUUUUGUUCGGUCGACUCGCCUACGAACAUAUUCCCAUGCAAUAUGGAGAGUACUUUGCACGCCUUUACGGGCCGAUCUUGUUUAUCUUUGCCAUGGUGACGACGAUUCUGAAUGGAAUGCAGGUGGCUCUCGCUGCCGAUCCUGGGCGGCAAUUCUCCAACUACUUUCUAUGGAAGAUAUUCUACUGGUUUGGUAUCAGUACAUUACUCAUCACAGUUACUGUCGGAUCUUCUUUGAUGGCGCUUUGGUUCGGAAUGAUUGCGAAUGAGUGGAAGUUCACGCUGAGAAACCGACAUAGGGCUAAGGGAUAA